CUAAAUGUUCAUAUUGUACGGAAGUCUGUAGGCAAAUGCAAUUUAAUUGUAAUCCAAAUAGAUAAUAUACAAAAAGCCUAACUACAAAUCCCAUAAUGUACCUGUUCGUUUCCUUGGAAACGCUCUGUUGUCUCUUCGACAGGUGUGAAUAUGUAUGGAGCUCCAGUGGAUUUAUCUUUUAAACACAUCAGCAGUUUGGCAGAAACAUGGACAGAGGAACCCAGCAGCGGUCUGCGCCCUCUAAAGAGAAAUCCAGAGAUGAAGUACCUGAGCUGCUCCCUGCGUCUCAAUAACAACAACAUCACUGACCUUCAUGACCUCCAGAAGACUGUUUGCCACUUCCUGGCUGAGCCAUCGCAGCUCGCCUGGCUCGACCUUUCCUUCAACAACAUCUCACACAUAGAUCAAGUUUUGUGCGAGCUGCGCGAACUGCGUGUGCUGUAUUUACACGGCAACAGCAUUUUUAUUCUGUCAGAGGUGGACAAGCUAGAAGCGCUACCACAUCUACAUACCAUCACUCUACAUGGGAAUGUCAUAGAAACCAACAAGGCUUACAGGAAUCGCGUGAUUUCUGCUCUGCCUCGAUUAAAGGUGAUGGACUUCAGUGCUGUGACACGCCAAGAGAGAGUCAUGGCAAAGAUUUGGCAUCAGAGCAACAACCACAGCAGAAGCAGCAAGGAGACUCUCCAGUGACUGCUGGCUCGCCUCCAUCGUGUUGUGUUGAAACCACAGUUUCACCCAAAUGUGUGCUCCACAUCCACUCCUGGAAAACCUCAUAUACUGUAUGUUUCUCUGUAUAUCUGUGGUGAAAUCAGCACUGCUUUUAAUGUUUGUUUGUCCAGUUUUAUCUGCUGAAAUGAACAGAUUGUUGGAUAGUCCAAAUAGAAGUCAUCAACACUAUAUCACUCGAUAUAAAUUAUCCUAAUAUUAGCUCUGACAUACUGUAGAUGCAUGUAAAUUCUGAUAUUGUGGCAAACAUGGGUGUGGAAUAUCUGAAUAUUGUUAUGGAUUAUUUUUUUUUAUAACAAAGCAGCAUACCAGUUAUUAAUGUUAAUGACAGUCUGUAGCUUUACAGAACCAACCACUUCCCAAAUAUGAGCAUGUGGGUGUUAAUUUAAUAAAACACAAGUGUUUAUGUUGAAAAUCUUUAAUGAAUUAAUUAAACCAAAAAACAAACCAAAGAAAAAAACAACCAAAUUCAUAAAACUUUUUGGUACUAGCCUAAGAUAUUACAAACAUAUUUCAGGUAGUAUAACGCAUUUGAGUAACAAACAAAACAGAAAAAAAUGCCAAGAACCCAUUGCAAAAAGCUCAAAUUAAUUGCGUGGUUGAUAAUAAUCACAGCCUUGCAGAUCAUCCCUUUAGAGACUCCAGAGCGGCUCACCGUGCUCCCUGCACACGCAUACAGUCAUGUGCUCUCCUCCGAAGAGCAAAUAAACAUUUAAAAACAAAUAAAUAAUCACAAAAAGGUCUCGGAUCAUUUUAUCUGCUGUGGUACAUGGAUUGUUAGCGCUCUCCCCCCACACUGCUACAAUGGUUAGUUUCUGAUUAAUAUGAACAACUCAAUCAUAUUACAAUCUGCAGCGAAAAGCUUUUGUUUAAAAGCCGACAAAUGCAGGCCUUAAAAGUGUU